AUGGUGAGCAUUGAUGUGCUGACAUCCAGGUUUUUUGCAUAUGACCAAAUGUACAAUCAUGAUCUGCGGGAGCAGAGCUUUGCAGACUGGCCAUUUAGAGAAGAUUGCAACUGCACACCUGAAAAGAUGGCUAAGGCUGGUUUUGUCCACUGUCCCAGUGAGAAUGAACCAGACGUUGCGUGCUGUUUCUUCUGUCUUAUCGAGCUAGAGGGCUGGGAGCCAGAUGAUGAUCCCUGGUCUGAGCAUGCAAAACGCUCCCCUAACUGUGGAUUCCUAUCCAUGAAGAAAGACUUUACUGAGCUCACUGUGCGUGAAUAUACUCAACUAGAAAAAGACAGGCUGAAGAUCUAUUUGAGGAAAAGUUGUCAUAAGAAGUUGGCAUCAAUGCGUGAUGCUGUUGAUCAACUACUUGAGAGCCUAAAAUCUCAGCUGGAAUCAAUAGAAUAA